AGCUGCAACCACAUCCAGGAAGUUGUCUUCGGGAAAGGCUGUUAUUGUCUUCCUGACAGCUGAGAGAGAUAACUCUCGCAUAUUCGACCAAGUUUGGUAGUUAAUUAUUAGCUAACAGCAAUAUUAUCUUAUAAAUAGCUGUAUUUAUUCAGUCGGAAGGGGAGCGAUGGAAGUCGACUCAGUGUUCUUCACUGAUCGCAGUGGACAAACUAACCCUCUGCUGGACGAGCCUCCCCAGUACCAGUCCCUGCUGUACCGUAGGAAGUCGUCAGCUGGUGGCUCCAGACAAAGAAGCAGCUCUAGAGCAAGGCUUGGCUCAUCUGGAAGCUGGAAAUGGGGUAUAAACACUUUGUGAGACGACCACGUGAAACAGAAGAGUCACACUGAGCAACGGCCCAUCAAAGAAUUAGCCAAGCCCAUGGAUGAAGAAAACGCAAAUACAAAGUACCUAGAAAAGGCUCAGGAAUUGAGCAGCUGGGAACAGUGGAGACAAAGCAGCCGCAAGCAUUUGAAGAGGCUGAGAGAUUAUGGCCAAGAAAGGCUGAGUUCCUUGAAGCUCUGGAGGGGAGACAUCCACCUAAUAGAGGGGAUGUUUGGAACGGGGAUCCUCUCUUACUUCUCCUUUCUGCGCUUCCUGGUCACGCUCAACUUCAUCAUCUUUCUGCUCAUGUUCAGUUUUAUCAUGUUGCCCAUCAUCAUUGCACCCCAUCUUUCAGGAAAUAUCACCUACAACCAAAGUGAUGGUGGUGAGUGCACUGUGUAUUCAAGUGGCGUUCGUCAAGGUCUUGUCAACUAUCAUAAGUAUAUUACAGAUCUGCUCUCUGGUGAAGGCUUUCUGGAACAGACCUAUCUUUUCUAUGGCUACUACAAGGUGGACAAAAUCCACUUUCCCCACAUAACUUACAAUUUGGCGCUGGCGUACCUGCUGGUCACUAUAGGGUACCUCUUCCUCAGUCUUAUCUGGAUUGUUAAAAGGUCUGCCACAGGAUUCAAACACAAUCUGAUUCAGGAUGAGGAUCGGUUUCAGAGUUUUUGCAACAAGAUCUUUGCUGGCUGGGAUUUCUGCAUCACUGGGUGAUAACGCCAUAAGCUGAAGAAAAAGAGUUUGCUCUCAGCUGCAUACAGCUGCUGUAAUACAGAUUUGGAGGAAGAGAAGAUCAAGCAGAAAAUAGCGGAUCGCACCCGCGGAGAGAAAUGUCGUCUUUAUUUCAUCCGUCUCAUCCUCAAUCUUUUUGCCGUUGGUGUGCUAGCCGCUUGUUUCUACUGCAUUUAUUUAGCCACCAGCUUUUCCCAGAAAGCCCAAAUGAGUAACAAAAAGGUGUCUUUCAUCGUGGAUCUCAUUAAUGAGUAUCUUCCCUCAAUUGUUAUCACGUUUGCCAACUUCAUUACCCCCGUCCUAUUUUCUUUUAUCAUCAACUUUGAGGACUAUUCUCCUGCUUUUGAGAUCCGCUUUACUCUGAUGAGGUGUGUCUUCCUGCGGUUAACCAGUAUUGGGGUUUUGCUCUUUUCCCUCUGGUCUCGGAUUACUAAAUGUAAAGAGGAGACCUGUGCUUGUGGUUACAACUAUGAGCAAUACUCUUGCUGGGAGACACAUGUGGGCCAGGAGAUGUACAAACUCACCAUUUUUGACUUCAUUGUCAUCGUUUCAGUCACCAUCUUUGUGGAGUUUCCUCGAAAGCUGAUUAUAACACACAAUAAAUCUGCCAUGUCUAAAUGGUUGGGCCAGCAGGAGUUUUCUAUUCCUCAAAAUGUGCUGGAGAUCGUGUACGGUCAGACCAUCUGCUGGAUCGGCACUUUCUACUGCCCGCUGCUGCGCAUCUGCACUAUCAAAUAUUUCUUUAUCUUUUAUGUCAAGAAGGUGUCAUUAAUCAAAAACUGUCGUCCAGCCACGCGUCCUUUCCGAGCAUCCAGCUCCAAUUUCUUCUUCCUCGGCGUGCUGUUGAUCGGCCUGGCUCUUGCCUGUGUGCCUGUCAUAGUUAGUAUAGCACAAAUAAACAGUUCUCGGGCUUGUGGACCAUUUGUUAAUUACACCACCUCCUGGGAGGUGGUGCCAACUGUAGUUUCCCAGCUCCCAGUGGAAUCAGAACCCUGCUGUGGUUUCUUUCUUCUUUCGGAGGCCUUUGCCGUCUCUUUCUUUGUUUUGACAUGCUUGGCCAUGUUUUAUGUGAUCGCACUUGCUGGAGCGCACAAGAGAGUCAUCAAUGAACUAAGGGAGAAGCUAGAGAUGGAGGGCCGUGACAGACAUUUCCUGAUUCAGAAGCUGUGUCAGGCCCAGAAGCUCUCAGGUGUGAAAUCCUCAGAGUCCAAACUUCAACCCCGGCGCAGCAGAAGCAGCCCCAGCUAUCACACCAGCUUCUCCAGCAACAUCAGUGAGGCAGUGUUCCUGGCACACUCAUCUCCAGGCACCUCCACACAAGUGUGAGGCAAAAGCCUCAUUUUACUGAAUUAAACCCAGAUGCAUGCCCAGAUAAUUGUAACAGCAUUUUAAAUUGUUCAAAUUAAUGCCUCAAUUAUGUUUUUUUAACUGUGAAAACACUGCAACUUAAAGGGUUUUGAUUGACUGCUGAUUAUUAAUGCCUCUGGCGUUUUCAUUGUUUUUGUUUUUGUUUUGGACAAUCUGAAUAUUGUACACCUGUCACAGAGCUGCACCAUUUUAAGUAUUUUUUUUUUUUUUUUUUAACCAAAACAUCAUUUUGUUGCGCUGCAGUGUAUUUCCCUGCUUUGUGCACUGUAAUCUUUCCUUCUGAGAAGGACUUACUUUCUUUGCGGGACUUCUUCUUCAAACAUUUCUCAGUUUCUUGCACUUUAAAUGUAUUAACACUACCUUUGUUUACUUUUUUACUACAGCUCCCAUGAGUACUGUACUGUGUGUUAUCUGUGGGUGUUUUUACAUAUAACAUUGAAUAAUUAUGAAUAUGCCUAAUACAUUUGAAUACUAAA